AUGGGACAAUGCAAUAGCCACCAGUUAUUGGUACAUAUGUUGAAAACUAUGUUAAAAGGUAGGGAAAUUCAUGUAAAUAAGUUACAGCUAGAGAAGUUUUUACUUUUUAUAGAGGAGGUUUGUCCCUGGUUUCCAGAGGAAGGAACAAUUAGUCUGGAAACUUGGAAAAAGAUAAGAAAACAAUUGCAGACAUAUUAUUUCUUACAUGGUCCCAAUCGUGUUCCUGUAGAUACUUUUUCUUUGUGGACUCUCAUAAGAGACUGUCUGGAUCCUGAACAUGAGGGGCAUAAAAUUCAAACGGCUCUCAGGGAUUCCACGGGACCUGAAGUUGCAGAGCCUUCCGCCCCUCCACCUGAGCCGCUUUAUGCUGUGGCUGAGGGAACAGCUUGUAAGGCUGGAGGGAGUGAUGAUGUGUUAAGCUCUGAUGAACAGGAAGAGUUAAAUGAACAAGCGGCUCAUUACCAUAGAGAGGAUAUAACCACGAGAGCUUAUAUCUAUCCUGCUUCUUUGCCCAGUGAAAACAUAAAAAUUAGAAGUGAGAUAUUAUUAUCUCCUCUUCAACAAGCGAUUAAGCAAGCUAAUGAAGAAAGAGAACAUAUUCCCGGGUUUUCAGGAAUCUAUCCAGUAUUUGAAAAUGCUCAACAGCAGAGGUAUUAUGAACUGCUGCCCUUUAAGCAACUAAAAGAGUUAAAAAUGGCUUGUGCACAAUACGGCCUGACUGUGCCAUUUACUCAGGCUAUUAUAGAGGCUUUAGGAAAUCAAAAUCUGCCACCUAACGAUUGGAAACAGGUUGCUCGGGCUUGUUUAUCUGGAGGAGAUUAUUUACUAUGGAAAUCUGAAUUUGCUGAGCAGUGUGGGAUCACAGCCGAUAUCAGUCGGCCACAGGGACUGAAUACCAUUUAUGAAAUGAUGGUGGGAGAGGGAGAUUAUCGAGACACUAAUAGUCAACUUAAUUAUUUGCCUGGAGCCUACCCUCCGAUUAGUGCUGUGGCUCUAUGAGCAUGGAAAAAGCUUCCAAAUUCUGAUAAAAAGACUGAAGAUUUAUCUAAAAUUCGCCAGGGGCCAGAUGAACCAUAUCAGGAUUUUGUUGUCUGCCUGCUUGAGGCAAUUGGUGAAGUGAUAGGGGAUGAGCAGGUGGGGAUGGUGUUGGCUAAACAGCUUGCUUAUGAGAAUGCCAAUUCAGCUUGUCAAGCUGCCUUGAGACCUUACAGAAAAAAGGGAGGCUCAUCUGAUUAUGUACGGAUUUGUGCCAAUAUCAGCCCUUCGUACAUCCAAGACAUAACUUUGGCCAUGCCAUUACAAAGAAAGACAGUCAAAGAAGUACUGUAUCAACAACAAAAGCGGGAUAAAACUAGUGGUCGGCCUCGAGUCCCUGGCUCUAGCUGCUUCUCUUGGGGCCAAAAGGGCCAUCAGGCCACCCACUGCCCACAAAAACAAGCCCGGAGACCUGCUCAAGCCCCUUAUAUUUGUCCUAGGUGUAAGAAAGGCAAACACUGGGUGAUGGAUUGCCGUUCUAAAACUGAUUUACAGGGAAAGCCACUUCUUCCGGUCUCAGGAAACUGGGUGAGGGGCCAGCCCCAGGCCCCAAAACAAUGUUAUGGGGAUGCCGAAGUGCUGCGCUGGCUGCCGGAAAGGUUGGUACGCACGGCGGAGACGAUCGCUAUUAAACCAGAUGAAGAGAUUGACGAUUCAAGAACAUGA